AUGUCAUGGUCCAAAGUAUGUGAGCGGCGGUACGAACGUCCUCUCGGCGAAAACGAAACCUUCAUCAAGAUCGUGGGCGAUGCAGCUCGUCCAUUCAAUCGUGACCACUGGUCGGUGAAUAUCAUUGCCUCGGUGACCCCUCUGGGCUCGCUCGCCAAGGAGGACCUCUGCUCCCUCUUUCGCGAUGCGUGGAAGGCUUUGCGAUUCCGCCAUCCCACAAUCGCCGCCUAUAUCGUGGACGAGACCAAGUAUGUCUACGAUAUCCCCGAUCUCCCAUCACUUGAGGAGUGGGCGGCGGAGACUUUUCAGAUAGUUGAGGACAAGACAGUAGAUGAGGUCGUCGCAUCUGCCACCCGUGUCCCGUAUGCUACUAUGACUUUCCUUCCGCAGACGGGCGAGCUGCUGGGCCGCUCGCAACACUGGAGAACAGACGGCAUCGAUCCGUCAUCCCUGCCAUGGGGCGAAGAGACUGCCCGGCUAGCACCGUCUAUUGAACAAGCCACUGCCAGCUUCACAACAUCGGAAGAGCAAGACAAGCAGCUAGCCCAACAGCAUGUGGCAAGUUUCGGCCACGCUGUCGGAGCCAUUGGAAUCCCCUCCCACGCGCCAGUGGAGACACUUCCAGGCGGUGCAUGCUUUUGCCCAAGAGAGACAAAGACCGUAGUACAAGGGUGCAAAGCCCGCGAUCUCUCCGUGACAGCAGCAGUACACGCCUCAGUGGCUGCUGCGAACUAUACGCUAGCGACUGCUGACGAUCGGAACAAACAUUAUACAAGUACCAUUCGUUACAGUCUACGCCCCUUCCUACCAGCGCCGUACUCCGGUCGCCAGUGCGCCAGCACAAUCUUCACGACGGGCUGGAUGUUCCCUGUCUCGUCCGAGUCGUCGUGGGCGGAGCGCGCAAAGGCGUACCAUGAGGAGUACCGUAAAGGCCUCAGUCAUGAGUACCUCUCGGCACAUCGCGAGUACGCUAUUGGGCUGUGCGCUUUACUUCGUAGUUUGCCGGAGGACGCUCCUUCGCCGGCUGAUGUGGAUAUCAGUAGCCUUGGUGUGUGCGAGAGGCUUGUGGCAAGAGAGAAGGGGACUGGCGAGCGGAAAAUUCGCGUCGAUCGCAUCUCAGGUGGUCUGGAUAUGAUCAGUAGGCAGCGUAUGUGUCAUGUCUGGACUUUCAGAGACCAGCUCUGUUUCAACUUGGCGUAUAAUGAGGCAUUCUAUGGAAGGGACGAAGGGGAUGCCUUUUUGCAGAUAGUGAAAGAGUCUCUGUUGGAAGAACUGAAGUAG